CACAAGAUGGGCAACUUCUGUGGCGGGCUCUGGUGCUGGAGCGGCGAUGACGAUGGCUCUACGAACAACUUGAAGCACUCCUUUAAGGGACCAUCAAGUGGCAGCCUUCUCCGAACCGUGCAAAACCCUGACGUGAGCUCUCUCAUCGAGAUCGAGCACGAGGCAAAGCGCAACUUCCAUGACACGUUCAUCUUGGGCCGCAAGUUGGGGUCGGGGUCGUUUGCGAUGGUGUACGAGUGCGGCGAGAUCGCCACCAAGAAGACAUAUGCGUGCAAGGUCUACGAUCGGCGCAAGCUUGACGCUGGGGCCCUCGAGUGUGCGCUGAUGGAGCCGUUCUUGCUUCGACGCAUGUACCAUCCAGGCAUUUUGCGCUGUCAAGGGUUUUACAAAGAAGACGACAUGUACAUCAUGGUCAUGGAGGAACUUCGCGGCGGGGACGUGUUUGACAAGUUGCAAGAGAUCAAGGGCGACAUCCACGAGCGCGACGUGUGUCGCCUCGUCAAGAUGUUCCUCGAAGCCCUUGCGUACAUCCACGCGCGCAACAUUGUACAUCGCGACUUGAAGCUGGAAAACCUCAUGCUCGACUCCACGAGCCCCACGACGUCGACGCUCAAGAUUGUCGACUUUGGCUUUGCCAUUCAAUUGCCGACCAAAGAUGCAACCUUGACCGAAGUGCUGGGUACACCAGGAUACAUGGCGCCAGAAGUGAUCCAGGGAGGUCCGUACGGAAAACCAGCCGAUAUAUGGAGUGCAGGGGUGGUGGUGUACACGUUGCUGUGUGGGUACCCCCCGUUUCACCACGACCGUAUCAAGAAUAUUCAAACGCUACUUCGAUCGAUAUGCUGUGGCUAUUACUUCUUCGACUCGGUCUACUGGAAUGACAUUAGCCUCGAAGCCAAGGAUGUCAUUUCACAGAUGCUGCGUGUGAAUCCUGCCGAACGGUAGGAAUUUCAAAAGUCGACUGUUCUCUCACUAUGUACAUCAGCGCCACGGCGGCCGAGUUGCUCGAGCACAAGUGGUUUACCCAGCAACUUCCUCCGCUUCCACCGUCGCCGCGUGGCGCCACGGCGAAUACACUCAAGGCGAUUGGACCCCUCCGGUCGUUUAACCGGAUUUUACGCGCCAGAGUUGCCGCCCAGCAAACGUCGGACGAUUCCCAGCUUCGCAAACUGGCCGAGGACAAGGCGAAUGCCCUGGAGGACCGACCAGACUUGCCGCCUUCUGUGGACCUGACCAAGACUACGCUGCUCCCGACGACCCGAUAUAACGUCAUUGAAUAAACCACAACGAUCACCGUGGCAAUCUCAGUAUGAUGUUGC